AUGUCCCCCACCCCUCCCCUCUUCCUCGCCUCAAUAGGCAACCCACCUCCGCGAUGGCAUAAAACCCUCCAUUCCGCAGGCCAUAUCCUCCUCCGCAUACUUUCCCAACACUUAAAAGCCCCUUUACAGCCAGUAUCCCCGUACUCAAUUCCUUCCCACCCGCCACCGCGAGACUAUCCAGGACCCUACACUGCCGGCGCCAAGCUUCCCAACACCGACACGCAUUUGACUCUUUGGCAGUCGCCGACACUGAUGAAUGUAUCUGGUCCUACAUUAGUGAGGACAUACGAGAAGUGGUGCGCACGGAGAGGGGGGAGGGGGCCAAUCGUUGGAGCUGUUGCAAACGCCAGCGCAAACGCCAGCGCAAAUAUAACCAACCCAGACCGCCAGAAGGACAACGCGAGAGACGAAUCAAAUCCCAUCCCCCUAAAUCUCAUCCUUCUCCAUGACGACCUCGAGCUAAGUCCUGGAAAACUCUCUGUGCGGCGCGGGGGUGCCUCCCUCUCCGCCCGCGGUCAUAAUGGCAUCAAGAGCGUAGUGAAUAGUCUUGUGAAGGCCGGCAUGCUUGCUUCGACGCGCGGGGCGGGGAAGAAGAAGGGAGCAGGUGUUGGGAUGGGUGGCAUAUUGGGUGCAGGUUUAAGUGCAAGUGCAGUUGACCCCACCCGCUUCCAGUUGACGAGGAUUGGGGUGGGGAUUGGGCGGCCGGCGAGUCGCGAGCCAGCGGAUGUCGCGGAGUAUGUGCUGGGAAGAAUGCCGGAUCGGCAGGUGGAAGUGACGGAAGGGCUUGUGGGCAAAUUGGUGGAAAUAUUGGAGAAGGAGGCGGAGAUGAUUAGGGGACGUUGA